AUGCUUCACACCUCGUGGCAGCGAUAUGCUGCCCUGGCUGCACUCUCGGCCGUGUCGCUCGUAGGGGCGCAGGCACCCAACGCCACAACCUCGGCCGCGGGAGGCGCUGUCACGUUCCCUCCGCCGAGUGGGGUGUCGACCACGUAUACGCUCACCAGCUACAACGUGUUAUCCACCUCCACCUACCUGACCCAGACCGACUUCAGCAAUGAGCGCCUUGCUUUCCUGUGGGAUCAGGUCGGGCCCGUGGCCACAGGGCCCGUCACCACGACGGUGACGCCAACUCCUGAGCCGACUGCAUACCCAUCACCGGGCACAUUCCACCCGCUCGUCCCAGCUUAUGAGCCUGAUUUCAACAAUUUUACCCUGCCCAGGGACUUUGUGUGGGGUGUAGCUUCUUCGUCGUACCAGAUCGAGGGCGCCACAGAUGCUGAAGGGAAGGGGCCAUCCAUAUGGGACCUGCUGUCCCACCGCGUGCCUAACCUCAUUGCAGACAACAGCACAGGCGACGUGGUGGCCUCUCACUACUACCUGUACAAGCAGGACAUCGCCCGCCUCAAGGCACUCGGCAUCCCAGCCUUCAGCCCGAGCAUUAGCUGGCCGCGCAUCUUUCCAUUUGGCAAGGGGCCCAUCAAUGAGGCGGGUGUGGCUCACUACGACGACGUGGUGAAGACAGCCGUCGAGGCCGGCUUGACACUCGCCAUCACCCUGUUCCACUGGGACACGCCGCUGGCCCUCUUCAAUGAGUAUGGGGCCUGGAACGACAGGCAGUCCAUCGACGACUACUUCAACUACGCUACAUUCAUCAUCGCGCGGUAUGAUGAGUACGUGACGGAGUGGUUCACCAUCAACGAGCCGCAGUACUGCAACUGGCAGUUCUCGACGUACCCGGCGGGCGAGUACUACCCCAUCUACAACAACAUCUCGUCCGGCGCCCAGUCGCGCUUCCUGUGCGGCCACCACACCCUGCUCGCGCACGCCAAGGUCUACAGGUGGUACAAGGACGUGUUCGGCGGCACCAAGAAGAUGACGUUCAAGAACUCGGGCAACUACUUCGAGGCCAAUUCGUCCUCGCCCGCCGACCUCGACGCCGCGCAGCGCCAGUACGACUACUCGCUCGGCUGGUUCAACCACCCGGUCUGGAACGGCGGCCAGUACCCGGACAAUCUGCGCAACACCCUCGGCGACCUCCUGCCCGAGUUCACCCCGGAGGAGAGCGAACUGGUGUCCGGGUCGUGCGACUUCUUCGCCAUCGACCCUUACACCUCCUACUACGCCGCCGCCAUCGACGACGUCGACGCCUGCACCUCCAACAGCUCGCACCCGAGCUACCCGGAGUGCGCGGGCUCGCAGCCCAUCGCGCCGGGCGGGUUCGCCGUGGGCCCCGCCGCCGACUCGGGCGUCAGCUGGCUGUGGAGCGUACCGCAGGGCGUGCGCCGGUUCCUGAGCAAGAUCACCAAGGAGCUCUUCCCCAGCGUCCCCGAGAUUGUUGUUACCGAGUUCGGGUUCGCGGAGCCGGGCGAGGGAAACCUCGACUCGCUGUCCGCCAUCCAGUGGGACCUGCGCCGCGCGGACUACUACCAGGGCUACUUAGACAAUAUCCUCGCCGCGAGGGUAUAUGACGGCGUCAACGUCACCGGCGCGUGGGGCUGGGCUAUUUUUGACAACUAUGAGUGGUUCUCCGGGAGCAGUGUGCGCUUCGGGCUGCAGUUCCUGAACUGGUUCAACAGCAAGGGCCGGGGUUUCGCUGGUGACGGCACUGGGAACUCGACUGUCGAUGCCCGGGCGCUCUUCUAA